UCUCCGACUCACACGGACUUUGCCAGACUUCCAGGAGUUGGAGCGAGUGGUCGAAGACGGAGCGCCGACGACGCAAUCCGCGAAAAUGCAAAGGGUGCCGUCGUCUGCGCGCGGGCGUGUUUUCUCCCGCUGAGGGACGUCAAGGAGCGGCGAUGGUUUGCGCCUCUGGACCUUUUGGAGACCGCAGAGAACGGGCGCGUGCACUUUACGCUGCAAAGUUGUAAAAGUAGUUUCUCCCGCAGUUUUCCCCCUUUUUUGCCGUCCCCCGCUCGCACUCCGCGUCCCCCCGACCCGCACACCCGCCGCCGUCAUGGCGCAGCGGAGCGGGCGGAGAUCCGCGGCUUUGACGCCGAGCACGCGCGCUACUUUCCGGGAUAAACACGUCCAGCUCCGCGGGAGCUUGGCGGCGCUCUCGUGGAGCCUCGCUUUAAUGUGCUCGGCGCUGUCCUGUGGAUCCUGCGAGGCUGAAACGGAGUUCUCGAUCUUGGAGGAGGCGCAGGUCCUGGCCGAUCAGAUGAAGAAGCUGUCCUCGCAGGAGCUGGGAGUCUUCACAAUGCAGAGGAUUUUCAACUCGUUUGUGUACACGGAGAAGACAUCAAACGGAGAGACGGAAGUGCAGCAGCUGGCCAAGAAGAUUCGGGAGAAGUUCAACCGCUACCUGGACGUGGUGAACCGGAACAAGCAGGUGGUGGAGGCGUCGUACACGGCCCACCUGACCUCUCCACUCACUGCCAUACAGGACUGCUGCUCCAUACCGGCGUCCAUGAUGGAGUUUGAUGGAAACUUCAAUACCAACGUCUCCAAGACCAUCUGCUGCGACAGACUCUCCCCCACCGUCAACAGCCGCGCGUUCAACCCUGGACGAGACCUCAACUCAGUGUUGGCAGACAACCUAAAGUCCAACCCGGGAAUAAAGUGGCAGUACUUCAGCUCCGAGGAAGGCAUCUUCACCGUGUUCCCCGCACACAAGUUCCACUGCAAAGGAAGCUACGAGCACCGCAGCAGGCCCGUGUACGUGUCCGCCGUGCGUCCUCAGUCCAAACACAUUGUGGUCAUGGUCGACCACGGGGCGUCUGUAACCGACACCCAGCUUCAGAUUGCCAGGGACUCUGCACUAGUCAUCCUUAAUGCCAUCGAUGAACACGACAAGAUCUCGGUCCUGUCGGUGGCGGACACGGUCCGCUCCUGUUCCCUGGACCAGUGCUACAAGAGCUUGCUGUCUCCAGCCACCACUGAGACCAAGAGGAAGAUGAGCACCUUCAUCUCCAACAUCAAGGCUUCCGAUGGGGCCACACAGCACGCAGCGGGUUUCCAGAAAGCCUUCCAGCUCCUGCGGAACACCAGCAGCCUCAGCAGGCAGAGCAGCACGACGGACAUGAUGGUCAUCUACCUGUCGUCCGGCAUCACGUCCCGGGAGUCGUCGGAGCAGGAGAAGAAGGCAACGCUCAGCGUGGUGAGGGAGGAGAACCGGCACCUCAACAACUCGGUCAUGAUCCUCACCUACGCCCUCAUGAACGAGGGGGUGACGGGCCUGAAGGAGCUGGCCUUCCUGCGGGACCUGGCCGAGCAGAACUCGGUGAAAUACGGCGUGGACCGCGUGGCCGAGCGGGAGCGGGCCUCCAUGAUGUCGUCCGGGUCCGCCGGCGCCUCCGUGAUGCCGGUGGUGAAGGGGAGCAUGAUGGUGCUGAACCAGCUGAGCAACCUGGAGACCACGGUGGGCCGCUUCUACAUCAACCUGCCCAACCGCAUGAUCGACCUGGCGCGCUUCAGCCUGCCUUACUCCGACCCCAUGGGCGACGGGUUCAUCAUGACUGUGAGCCGGCCCUGCUACUUUGGAAACCUGCUGCUGGGCGUCGUUGGGGUGGACGUGAACCUGGCCUACAUCCUGGAGGACGUCACCUACUACCAAGACUCUCUGGCUUCAUACACCUUCCUCAUUGACAACAAAGGUUACACUCUGAUGCAUCCAUCGCUAACACGACCCUACCUGAUGACGGAGCCUCCGCUGCACACCGAUGUCAUCCACUACGAGAAUAUCCCAGGAUUCCCUGCUGUACGACACAACAUCCUCAACCUCCCUCUGGGCAGUCAGGUUAUUGCUGUUCCUGUCAACUCCUCUCUGUCCUGGCACACAAAUCGACUCCGGGACAACAGCAGAGAGGCGUAUAAUGUCAGCUACGCCUGGAAACUGGUUCAGGACACGUCCUUCAUCCUGUGCAUCGUGUACGUGCAGCCUGAAAUCCCAGUGAAACAGCUGAAGAACCUGAACACGGCUCCCAGCUCCAAGCUGCUCUACCAUCGCCUGGACCUGCUGGGUCAGCCCAGCUCCUGCCUGCACUUCAAGCAGCUCGCCACUGUUGAAUCCCCCACGGUGAUGCUUGCAGCCGGCAGCUUCUCGUCCCCGUACGAGCACCUCAGCCAGCCGGAGACCAAGCGCAUGGUGGAACACUACACCGCCUACCUGAGUGACAACACCAGACUCAUAGCCAACCCAGGCCUCAAGUCCUCUGUCAGGAACGAGGUUAUGGCGACCAGUCACGUCACGGAUGAGUGGAUGACACUAAUGGAAAUGAGUAGCCUCAACUGCUACAUUGUGCGCCGUUACAUAGCAACCCCCAGUGGGGUGCUCCGGAUUUACCCUGGAUCGCUGAUGGACAAAGCCUUCGACCCGACCCGCAGACAAUGGUACCAGCAUGCCGUGGCCAACCCCGGCCUCAUCACCUUCACCGGGCCCUACCUGGAUGUGGGAGGGGCCGGAUACGUGGUGACCAUCAGCCACACCAUCCACGCCUCCAGUUCUCAGAUGGCCCCUGGUUAUGCGGUGGCGGUGAUGGGUAUAGACUUCACCCUGCGCUACUUCUACAAAGUCCUGCUGGACCUGCUGCCCAUCUGCAACCAGGACAAAGGCAACAAGAUCAGGUGCUUUAUAAUGGAGGACAGAGGGUACCUCGUUGCCCACCCUACUCUGAUUGACCCCAAAGGCCAUGCUCCUGCAGAGCAACAACACAUUACACAUAAGGAGCCGCUGGUGGCUAAUGACAUCCUCAACCAUCCCAACUUUGUCAAGAAGAACCUUUGUAACAGCUUCAGCGACCGCACGGUGCAGCGCUUCUACAAGUUCAACACCAGCAUAGUGGGUGACCUCACUAACCUGGUCCAUGGCAGCCAUUGCUCCAAGUACCGUCUGACCAGAAUCCCAGGCACCAAUGCCUUCGCCGGUAUCGUGAACGAGACGUGCGACUCAUUGGCGUUCUGCGCCUGCAGCACCGUGGAUCGGCUCUGCCUCAACUGCCACAGGAUGGAGCAGAAUGAGUGCGAGUGUCCGUGUGAGUGCCCCCUGGAGGUCAACGAGUGCACCGGCAACCUCACCAACGCUGAGAACAGGAACCCUAGCUGUGAGGUGCAUCAGGAGCCAGUCAGUCUGAAUGUGAUCGAUCCCAGUCUGCACGACACCCUGCCCCAGUGCAUCAACACACGCUGUAGCCAGAGAUACACCAGCAGCGAUUGCUUUGGCGUGCUGGACUGCGAGUGGUGCAUGGUGGACAGUGACGGUAAGACGCACCUGGACAAGCCGUACUGUGCCCUGCAGAAGGAGUGCUUUGGCGGCAUCGUCGGAGCCAAGAGUCCCUACGCCGAUGGCCUGGGGCUUUUAGAUGAGGAGGUGGCGUCUCUGAACAUGAUCAAGAGUGCUCCCGUGGGUCCCGUUGCCGGGGGCAUUAUGGGAUGCAUUAUGGUGCUGGUGCUCGCGGUGUACGCGUACAGGCACCAGAUCCACAGGCGCUCCCACCAGCACAUGUCACCGCUGGCAGCACAGGAAAUGUCGGUGCGAAUGUCGAACCUGGACAAUGAACGGGACGACAGGGAUGAAGACAGCCACGAGGACAGAGGAAUCAUCAGUAACACGAGGUUUAUAGCGGCGAUGAUCGAGAGACACACUCACACGCCUGAGCGGAGGCGGCGCUACUGGGGUCGGUCCGGCACGGAGAGCGACCACGGAUACAGCACGAUGAGUCCCCAGGAGGACAGCGAGAACCCCCCGGGGAACAACGACCCGCUGUCAGCCGGCGUUGACGUGGGCAACCACGACGACGACCUGGAGCUGGACACGCCCCCGCAGACCGCGGCGCUGCUCAGCCACAAGUUCCACCCGUACCGGCACACGCACACGCACCACCACCCGCUGCACACGCACCACCUGCAGGCCGCGGUCACGGUGCACAGCGUGGACGCGGAGUGCUGAUGCUCGGUCCUCCUGCGGCGGAUGGGAGCCUGUGUUGAGUUAAGGACUAUUUACGAGUGUGCUCUGGUCACGUGGCGCAGUGGACACUGCCACGAUGGAGGGACGGCUCACGAUGCCACUGGGCCAUGGGACCUCCGCCAUGAAGGGAAUCUGUGUUUUAAUCGGAAUAUUACCCGUGUGGUUUCACUGUGCCAGUGUCUCCAUCUGAGUCCCUUCAGCCUCAUGUAUCAUCUGCUACGUGUGCACAGCUUCACACACACACACACUGAAAAUGGCCAAAUAGGAUUUUCAAUUGUUGUUCUGAAGGAAUCUGGCAUUCGGGACGAUUUGGGAGCGCUGGUUUUGGCUCAUUCUUUAAGCCAUGAUUACAGAGAGGACAUGACUGGAACCUAAAUGCCUUGCGAGAGGACAGACCUCAUUAUCACAUGGGAGUCUAGACACUUGAUUGAGCCAGCGGGUAGUCAAAUUGAAUUCAGAGUGGAUGUGGACCCUUCAUGUCAGGGCUCCAUCCCAACCUCCAGAAGUUGUUUCCUACUAAGCCCACUUGGGGUGAUGCGAUUAAAGCACUCCUCACGUUUGUGAAACCGAUGGAUGUCACGGAGGAUAAGCAGAAAUAACAGGAUGAUCUUAUGGAUUCUGUCACAGGUUUGUGGUCCCGUCGACCGAUGGACACUUUAAGUUAUGCCUUCAUCCAAAGGAGCAGCUACUGGCCUUAUACAAAACAGUUUGACAAGGUAUUUGGACAUUUUCGUGAAUGUCUACGAAGAACUACGAUGUAGGAAAACCUCCUCUGGGUCCGAUGAAUAGAGGAGAAUACAAAUAAAACAAGAUAUUAUUUUUCUACUAUUUAUUAUAAACAGAUGUACGAACCCAGUUCCUGCAAUGAGUGCUUUAUCUUUUGGGCUCAUGAUUUUUAGUUUUUUUAUUUUCUUCAAUGAUGUAUUUGAAGAUUGGUAAAACAACAGCAACUUACAGCUAUGUAGUGAGGUCCUUUCAAAGCAAGCGGGAAGUCACAAUCCCUUCAACUGCCAGGUGUUUUUCAGUGAAUAUCAGUUAAGUAAGAAACUAACAUGAUGAGCCUUAAUUACGUAUUUCUCAGUGUCAAUCUUUGGGAUGUAGCCCAUGUUGCUGCUUGUUUAAAGACCUGUAUCCCCCGGUUGUUUUGUACUCUUGUGGGCUCAAAAUGUUCUGGACAGGUCCUCCGUAUCAGGAGGCAGAACUUCUUCGCUCGCUGGCCUUUUUCAAGCUCCCUGGGGGUCGAGGAAGCAGGAACAAGAACUAACACCAGCAAAACAUUCCUGGUUUUAGUCGAGGCUGGGGAUUUGGUGUGUGAGAGGAUAAUUGGGGAACCUCACAGAAAUCCUGAGAGACUCACAGAGCGAGUGUUGUGCCGCCUGUGAAGGAAAUCUAGCAGAGAAUGUUGAUUUUUAUUUGUUUUCCUACAUUUUGCCAUGACCUGUUUGCCUGUGAGGCCAAGCUAAUGUUGUAUGUCGAGUACGUGAACGUUGUGUUUUAGAUUUUAUGCAGAACCAGUGGAAUUUCCAUUAAUGCCCAUGUUGGAGUCUCUGUCUUGUUAGAGAUUAAAAAGAGGAGAGAUGCUGCUGUUGUUGUACAGAGGCUACACAUCUGUUGCCUCCUCUGCGAUUAACCACUCAAAAUGUCUUUUUCACACAUUUCUGGUUUAUUUUAGUGUGUGUGUGUGUGUGUGUGUGUGUGUGUGUGUGUGUGUGUGUGUGUGUGUGUGUGUGUGUGUGUGUGUGUGUGUGUGUGUGUGUGUGUGUGUGUGUGUGUGU